CUUGCAGAGAUGAAGCUGCUCCUGGCCCUGGCAGGGCUCCUGGCCACUCUGGCCAUGCCCCCGCCCUCUGAGGGCACCACUCCAGCUGUCCUGAGGGAGGUGGAGACCUCAGUGGUGCUGACCUCCAUGGAAGAGGCCAAGCGGCUAGUGGACAAGGCUUACAAGGAGCGGCGGGAAAGCAUCAAGCAGCGCCUUCGUAGCCGCCUGGCCAGUCCCAUGGAACUCCUGUCCUACUUCAAGCAGCCAGUGGCUGCCACCAGGACCGCUGUGAGGGCCGCAGACUAUCUGCACGUGGCCCUAAGCCUACUGGAGGGGAAGCUGCGGUCCCUGUGGCCGAGGCCCUUCAAUGUCACUGACGUGCUGACUCCCUCUCAGCUGAACCUGCUCUGGAAGUCCAGCGGCUGCGCCUACCAGGAUGUGGCGGUGACCUGCCCAGAGAGGGACAAGUACCGCACCAUCACCGGGAAGUGCAAUAACAGGCGCAGCCCCACGCUGGGGUCCUCCAAUCGCCCGUUUGUGCGCUGGCUGCCGGCGGAGUACGAGGACGGCUUCUCGCUGCCCUUCGGCUGGACGCCCGGGGUCAAGCGCGGCGGCUUCCCCGUGCCUCUGACUCGCGCAGUCUCCAACGCGAUCGUGCGCUUCCCUACGGAGCAGCUGACCCCGGACCGGGAGCGCGCGCUCAUGUUCAUGCAGUGGGGCCAGCUGCUCGACCACGACCUCGACUUCACCCCCGAGCCGGCCGCCCGAGCCUCCUUCACCACUGGCCUCAACUGCGAGACCAGCUGCCUGCAGCAGCCGCCCUGCUUCCCUCUCAAGAUCCCGCCCAAUGACCCCCGAAUCAAGAACCAACGUGACUGCAUCCCCUUCUUCCGCUCCUGCCCGGCCUGCACUGGGGGCAACAUCACCAUUCGCAACCAGAUCAAUGCACUCACCUCCUUUGUGGAUGCCAGCAUGGUGUAUGGCAGCGAGGACCCCUUGGCCAGGGACCUGCGCAACCUGACCAAUCAGCUGGGGCUGCUGAGGGUCAAUGACCGUUUCAGGGACAAUGGCCGGGCCCUGCUGCCCUUCGACAAACUGCAUGAUGACCCCUGCCUCCUCACCAACCGAUCCGUGCGCAUCCCCUGCUUCCUGGCAGGGGACACCCGUUCGAGUGAGAUGCCUGAGCUCACCUCCAUGCACACCCUCCUUGUCCGGGAGCACAACCGUCUGGCCACAGAGCUCAAGCGCCUGAAUCCCCGCUGGGAUGGAGAGCGGCUCUACCAGGAAGCCCGGAAGAUCGUGGGUGCCAUGGUCCAGAUCAUCACUUACCGGGACUACUUGCCCCUGGUGCUGGGGCCAGAGGCCUUCAGGAAAUACCUACCCCAGUACCGUGGCUACAAUGAAUCAGUGGACCCUCGCAUUGCCAACGUCUUCACCAAUGCCUUCCGCUAUGGUCACACCCUCAUCCAGCCCUUCAUGUUUCGCCUGGACAAUCGAUACCAGCUCAUCAGCCGUGUUCCGCUUAGUGAGGUCUUUUUUGCCACCUGGAGGGUUGUGCUGGAAGGUGGCAUUGACCCCAUCCUCCGGGGCCUCAUGGCCUCCCCAGCCAAGCUGAAUCGCCAGAACCAAAUCGUGGUGGACGAGGUCCGAGAUCGGUUGUUCAAGCAGGUCAUGAGGAUUGGGCUGGACCUGCCAGCUCUGAACAUGCAGCGCAGCCGGGAUCAUGGCCUCCCGGGGUACAAUGCCUGGAGGCGCUUCUGUGGGCUCUCACAACCCAAUACGGUAGGCGAGCUGGGCACCGUGAUGAAGAACCUAGAACUGGCGAGGAAGCUGAUGGCCCAGUAUGGCACGCCCAACAACAUUGACAUCUGGAUGGGUGGUGUGGCCGAACCCCUGCAGCCCAACGGCCGUGUGGGCCCACUCCUUGCCUGCAUCAUCGGGACCCAGUUCAGGAAGCUCCGGGAUGGUGACAGGUUUUGGUGGGAGAACAACGGUGUGUUCAGCACGCAGCAGCGGCAGGCCCUGGCCAAGAUCUCCCUGCCCCGCAUCAUCUGUGACAACACAGGCAUCACUACUGUGUCCAAGAACAACAUCUUCAUGUCCCACAUGUACCCUCGGGACUUUGUCAGCUGCAGAACGCUCCCUGCGUUGGACCUGACCCCCUGGAGGGACAGGGCCUAGGGGCUGGGUAAGGGGAUGCAACGUGCAGGGUAAGCAUGGCUGGGCUGGCCAGCUUAGACCCCAGAGAUCUCCCUUUCCCCAAGGCAGAGUUCAUCCCUGCUCUAGGUGUCAGCCGAGAAAGAGGAAUGUCAAGACAUGCAUUCAUGUGUGAGUGUGUGUGUGAUGUAUAUAAAUUGGCAUUUCACAUAUGUGUUGUCUGUGAACACGGUAGGGUUUUGUGCGCCAGGUAUGUGCAUAGUUUAUGGAAGUGUGUGCUUGCUGUUUAUGUUAGUAUUAGAGCAAACUGAUGAAGGGUGCAAGCUCAGGCACUGGACUACCUAGGUUCAAAGACUGGCUCUUUGGCUUACUGGCUGUGUGAUCUUGGGAAAAUGACUAUGUGCCAGACCCCUUAGGGGGCCUGUUUGCAGCCCCUAGUUCUCCAUUUCGGAGGCUCCGGGUGGUGCAGAUGGUUAACGUAUUUGGCUGCUAACCGAAAGGUUGGUGGUUCGAGUCCGCCCAGAGGCACCUCAGAAGAAAGGCCUGAUCUGUCCCGAAAAAUCAGCUGCUGAAAACCCUAUAGAGCAGUUCUACUCUGACACACAUGGGGUCACCAUGACUGAGGACUGACUCCAUGACAACGGGUUAGUUUUUCACUUCUUGAGUCCUACUAUGUGCCAGGCACUGUACUAGGCACAGGAAACAUACAGAGGUGAGAAAGACAUCAUUUGUGUCCUCCUGGGGCUUACACUUUGACUGUGUCCUGGCUAUGAGAGCUGAACAAGUGACCCCUGGGGAAUGACCCAUAGCAGUUAGUCUGAGUGGUAGUUGAGUUAGGGGUCCAGGAGAGCUGGGCUCAAUCCACAGCCUCCCUUUCUUCCCUUACCCUGCUUUCUUGCUGUCCACAGGAGCCUGCCUGGAGAGGAACUGGGGCCCACCGGCCCUUCUGUACUAUUUGUUUGUAUCUGAUGUUUAUGACAAUAAAGUAUGCUAAUGAGGAUCUGUGCUCUGUCACCUCUGCAUGGGGCUGGAGCCUCAGCUCCCUCUGGGCUCUGAGCCCUGAGCCAGUGUGGUCUGUGCCUCAUGGGCCUGUGCACUGGGGAGCCCACAUUGGCUGUCCCAUAGAUGGAAGACGGUUGGUUUCUAGAAGCCUAGGGGCCAGGCCAAGCUGAGCAGACGCUCCACCUGACCCUCCACCCACACCACCCUGGAGAACAGGAACUGUGGUCACCCAGCCCCUAUGUUCAUUCAUUGCUCUGGCAAACAUUUGCCACAUGCUCACUCCAUGUCAGGCCCUGUGCCACAUGCUGGGAAGCCAAGGGGCCUUCGAAAUUCUCACAGUC